GUUUGUCAGAUGACAAAGUACUUGCCAAAACUCUAGAAUCCCUUAUGAUCACAACAUCAUCAGUGAAGAAGGAAACUACGCGUCAAUCUCCCUCAGGUGAAUGUAAAGCUUUGGAAGAAGGAACACAUAAUGGCUCCCAUGCUAGAUACCAAUACACCAGAAAAAGAGAGUGUCACUCCACAAAAUGUACAACAUGAUGGACAGCUGCCCCCAAAUAAGGUUUCAGGAUUCUGCUCAUUUAGAUAUAUCCAGGCAACUAUCUUAUUCUUCUGUUCUACCAUAUCUUUCUCUCAAUCAAUGAGCCUGGCCAUUGCCAUCGUAGCCAUGGUGAAUAACACAAGCCAACAUAAUCAAUCCUCUGUUUCUCAUGAGAGUCAUCAAGAGGAUACAGGAGUUCCUGUGUUUGAUUGGAAUCCAGAAACCCAGGGGAUUAUUCUCAGUUCUUUUGCCUAUGGCUCUCUAUUCACAUUAAUCCCAAGUGGAUAUUUAGCUGGAGUUCUUGGAACGAGAAAAGUCUUAGGGAUUGGAUUGGUAGUGACCUCCCUUCUGACCAUUUUAACACCAUUAGCCGCAUCUCAGGGAAUGAUUUGGAUCAUUCUGACUCGAGUGACACAAGGCAUCUUCCAGGGUCUCAUAAAUGUAUCUUUCCCUUCUUUUUGGACAAAAUGGGCUCCUCCCAAGGAACGUGCCCAAUUAUUUGGAAUUCUUUUUUGUGGUUAUCUGGUUUCAAAUGUCCUUAGCUUCUUUUUGGGUGGACUCAUCUCUCACUCUCUAAGCUGGCUAUAUAUCUUCUAUAUCUUUGGAAUCCUUGGUUUUGUAUGCUUUGCUUUUUUCUAUUUUCUUGUUUAUGACAACCCAAUGACUCACCCAUAUAUAAGUGACAGUGAAAAGGAAUACAUUAUUUCAUCAUGGCCCGAAGAGGCUACCUCUGUUGGUUGGUCUUUGCCUAUUAAGGCUAUGGCCAGAUCCCGAGUACUUUGGGCCAUUUUUGUAACUACAUUUUGUCUGUCCUGUGCUGUUACCAGCAUGUCAUUAAUGCUGCCAACUCUGAUCAGUAAUAUAUUUGAUUCUGACAUCAGAAAUAAUGGGUUUCUGAGUUCAUUGCCUUCUGUUGCUGCAGCAAUCAUCCUUAUUAUAGGAAAUAUAGUAGCAGAUCUCUUAACUUCCAAGAAUGUCUUCAGACUAGUGGUGAUUAGAAAAAUCUUUAUAUCUCUAGGAAUGCUACCAGGAGCAGUGCUAUUCAUUGCUGUGCCAUAUGUCAGCAACUACACAGCGGUUAGUUUUAUAAUAUUUUCUUUUGGAAUGCAGAGCCUGGGUGUGUCUGGAUUACAAGUUAAUAUUAUAGAUGUUGCUGCCAGAUACAGUGGUUUUGUCUCAGGAAUUGUGAACUUUUUUGGAACGCUACCUUCAGUCAUAAUUCCAAAUCUUACUGGAUAUCUCAUUAAUCAGGACCCAAUAAAUGGUUGGAAGAACAUAUUCUUUAUGUCAUCCGGCAUUGUUUUCUCAGGAAUGACCUUCUUCCUAAUUUUCGGCCAUGCAGAAAUCCAGUCCUGGGCUAAAGAGAGAACUACCUUGAUCACUCGCUUUUGAGAUUUCACAGUUGAUGAGAUUGUUACGGACAUUCAAUCCUUGUCAGAAAGCAAUUAAGACAAUUAAUAAUUUCAGAAUGGUAGAAGGAUAUUAAAAAAACAUACAAAGAAAUGAAACUGCAUUUCUACUUAACAAUAACAAAAUCCAGGAGUAAGUAAUUGAAAGGGAAAUUCCAUUUGAGAUAAUUACAAAAUGCUUCAAAUAUCUUGUUGGUCAAUCUACCAAGUCAUACUUAAGAUAUAUAAAUAUAACUAGAUAACACCCUUUAAAAAAUAAAGAAUGAAAUUAAUUGCAGGAAUAUUAAUUACUUAUAUUUGUACUACCACAAUAUAAUUUAAGAAUACUCCCUAAAUUAAUUUUCAGACUUCAUGUUAUAUGAAUCUAAAAGGUGCCUUGUAUGUUCCCACCUGCAUUCAUUCUCUCUCUCUCUCUCUCUCUCUCUCUCUCUCUCUCUCUCUCUCUCUCUCUCUCUUCCCCCCCCCCACCCUCUCUCUCAUUUGAUUUGCUCACCCCAAAAUGCUUUCAUAUUGCCAGGUCUGGAUUUCCAGAAAACAGCUGUCCUCACAUGGUUACACUCAAUUCUUUCAAGGUCCUAGGGAUAAUAUCCAUGUACUGUGUAGGUGUAUACAUAUGCAAUGUGUUUGCAAAGGAAGACACUCCUCUCACAACUAUAGCAUUUGGACUCCUACCAAUGUACUUCCAUGUUAAAAAAUGAAUUACUUACAAUUAUGAUGCCAUCAGAUCUUAAAUAUAACCAUUUUUACAGUAAGGUAAAAGGUAAUCUAUACAUCACAGAUGUUUAAUAUGAAGGAAAUUUGGGAAUAACCAGUACAUUAAACUCCACAUAUAAAUCCGGGUCACACUCUCCCUUCAAUGCAUUCAAUGUCAAGUGGUGGAGAGUGUUAAUAUGUCAAGGUGGCAAACAAGUGAGGAAAACACACAUUUGCAGGGCACCUUACCUUUCUGGACUGCUGGCUGUGAUCUCACUAUUCAGCAUAGAAAAAGCUACGCUACGUGAAACAAAUUCUCCACAAAUUGCUGUCAGAGACAGUUUCUUGAUGGGCAAAUCCUUUACUUUCAAAAUGAUGACGCAUUGAUAAGACAUUUUAAAUUAUGAUAAUCCUUACUUGGAUGUUAAAAUAUUUCCUUACGGAAAUAUUCUAGGAAUAUAGUGGAGUAGGUCAGAAUUUCUAGGCUUUCCAGACUUCAUCUAUAAGCAGACAGAAAAUCACCAUGAAAUAUAUGUAGAACAGCAAAAACAAAGGGGUAAAGCAUUUAUCCUCUAAGACAACUUUAGAAGACCUCAGAAAAGACAGGACUUCUGUGGGCUGAGGUUUGGCCUGAGUGAAAUGUAGGCACCUUUAGGCCAACUCCACUGAAUCAAUAAACAGUAGGCCCUAUGAAGCUCUGUCAGGAAACAAUCCUGAAGAAAUUUCACCUCAUUCAUAGCCUCAAGAACUUUCACCUCAUGAACAUUUUACCUCACAAACUUUCAUCUAAGGAACAGCAGAUGGCUGAGUGGGGAAAGAUUGAAGGAGUGCCUCCCCAACCCCAGCCUGUUUAUGGUUGGUUGCUAUCCUUGGUUCUCAAAGAAGAUGAAAAUGAUAUCACCAUGUUAGUCAAGUUACAGAGUGUCUGACUGUGACUGAUCAGACAAAUAUGAGCUUGAAAUGCUCUGUCACAGGUCAUGCACAAAGAGUCCACAUGAACAUUUGGGGUGUAUUCUCUAAAUUUGCCAUCUUGCAUUUAUUUUGAGCUACUUCAAU